GACAUUUCCCAGCAGGUCUCAGGGCCGCUUUCCGCGCCAUGGGGACUUGGCAGCAUCUGUUGCUCUGUGGUGGGGUGUUGCUCCGAGGUGGUGGCAGGAUCCCUGCCCCGCUUGGGAGAAGCCGAUCAUUGGUGUGUGGGCGCCAGUUGUCUGGCGCUGACAGUGAGAACCUAAAACAAAGAAGAACACAAAUCAUGUCGCGAGGACUUCCAAAACAGAAACCAAUAGAAGGUGUUAAACAAGUUAUAGUUGUGGCUUCUGGGAAGGGUGGAGUUGGAAAAUCUACUACAGCAGUGAACCUUGCACUUGCACUAUCAGCGAAUGAUUCGGUAGGUAUUAAUUAAUAAAAAUAU